AUGUAUUGGAAUUCAGACGUAAAUCUUUCGAAAGACAUAGAUUCGCCAAGGAAUUUGCGGGAUAUUCUGGCUCCGGAGAAUCCAUCUAGUUGUUAUAUUAUACAUCCAUGCAGUGCUGAACUGCGGAUGGAACGGAACUCAAGUAAAUUUCCUUUGAAGGGGCCAACACCGCGAUUCAAAUUUUUCCUUCGACCCGAGAAGAUAACAGUGGAAAUGAAUCGUCGGCAAAUAGCCGAGCUGCGGGCCCUGAAUAGGGAAUGGGCGCGCGAUUUGAACGAGCCCGUCAAACAUAGAAAAAUGGUCGGACGAUUGACGCACUGUCGAGAGAAUGCCGCUGCUUGGUGGCGAUUCGCUUACAAUCGAGUUAGCGACGAUACUCGUCGUGUGCAGUCGCGACGCUCUUGGCAUUUCGCUUUGACACGAGCUCGACAUCUGAAUGCUUACUGUAGAGCAUAUCGACGGCGUCUCUUAGCCAUGAUAGAUGAGCCUCCCACUCCGUAA